AUGGCAGAAACAAGCAACAACACAAACUCCGAGCGUCGACGAUCCCAAUCUACGACUGCAAGUGCUCAUAAUGACAUGGAGUACAUAGUACUUGACGAUCUGAGCAUCAGGAGUCCACACGAGCCGCCUUUCGCUUCGUCACGCCCGCAAUCUUCCAUUCGGUCAAUUUCGAAUGCUAGCACGUCCGCCUUUAACGCAGUCUCCCACUACCCGGCUCACGAGGAUGAUCACGCUGCCGAAAACACUUCGCAGGAAGAGCCUCUUGCAGGACAGGCUUUGUCUGGCACUACUGUGCCCGCCAACUCCGCUGUUCGCCGUCUUGGACGAUUCGCGCUUGUAGCUCUGCUCUGUGCGCCAUUGUUCACAGCUGGAGCCUUCGCUUUUAUAGCUUUCUUGUGGUUCUCCGACUUUCACAAUCACACUUGGCACAACUGUUAUCAUCUACGACUAGGGACGUUGCCUGGCCUCCCAACCCAGAGUGUAAUCCAAUACGACUUCGACUAUCCCCUGGAUGACACUGUCGACGUCUAUCAGAAUUCGUCAACCAACAGGACCCUACCGAGCGGAUGGUACAACUAUGGAGUUCCGCAGUACACUCUGCAACCGCGAGAGCCGACUUGGAUGAGGAGUCCUCCGACAUACCCAGCUUUUGCCGAGUACGCUCGCCCCGCUGCAAAGAGGGAGGGAAUUGAAGACACUGGCUUACUGGUCCGAGCGUUGCUGCCCUUUCCAGACGCACAGUCCAGAGAGAACAUCCGUAACUACACAGGGAAGGCAUUGGUAUUGGAUUCAAGGGUUUCUUGCCAACGCCCUGAGUUGAGCGACCUGCAUUUCCUCUACCAAAUGGCAGGCAACAUGGUGCGUAUUGUGACGAGCGGAACAUUUGCCCCGUCGAUGUUCGCCGAGCGUCAAUGGUCGCCGUCUCGCUCCAUUCCAUUCGAGUGCUCCGUUUUCGUUAUUGGUGAAGCCAUGGAGGAUGAGGCACCUCCCGCGGUGUGCCAGCUCCAAGAAAAUUCGAUGGACUGGCUUUCCGACCCAGACACUUACUAUUGGGGUAAUCGAGGAGGAGGCUUGGUGAGCGAGUUCUCAAAUCUCACCAACAUGACGCAGCUCCAUGAGUGGGCGACUGAACUGCACCAAGAAACGUUCAUCACGUGGGGCACGGCGUUUUUAGUGUUCAACGCCACGAGUUAUGAGAGUCAGGCGUCUGGUAGCACGAACUACAGCAUGAAGGACGAUGAAACAGCCCGACUUCGAAACAAUGGUAUCUGGACAGAGGUUUUGACUAACACUGGCAUGGCAAACUUCAGCGUAUCGUUGUGUUAUGCAGCAUGGGAUACGGCUAGAGCCGAUGUCAACAUCUUCAGCGAAAAGAAUCGCUCUGAACCUAUUUCCCUCUAUCAAACGGACGUUUCCUGGCAGUUUGGCUUAGGAACCACUUUGGAGGCAGACUACUCCGUUGAGUCUCGAAAUAUUCUGAGUCUCGAGGGCAAGGACUCCUGGAUUACACACCCUGACGAUGCCCUUCCGUUCAACUUGAUGCCUUUCGUUCAGAACUUUGGCGAUGCAAGCCGGAGCUUUUCUCCGCAGCGUCUAGCAGCGUUCCAUAUGCAGGGGAACUGGACUACUGUCUUGCACGUCGCUACACCUGGACAGGAGGACACACUGCGUAUGAGCAACGGUGCGGUGGACUACGAAAAUCCAAUGACCACCAUGGCAGAUGACAACAUCGCCAUCCUGUUCAAGACUUUCUGGCUCCAGAGUUACUCGCUAGCACGCACUCUGUCGUCGAUGAUCACGGUGCUCUCGAGUAUGGCGUAUUACGACCAGAUGCCCCGGUUCCGGAACAUGGCAGGCACGACGCAGGUCUUCUGGGUCAAUGUCGUUUAUCCUCAAGCUCACACUGGCUUCGUUGUGAUUGCAGUAGUACUAGUUAUCCACAAUGUCAUUAUCGGACUUGCUGUGUUCUGGUUCCUCACCCAUGCUGGAUCAAGUCUGCUCGGCAGCCACAGGCAGAGCGUUGCUCAGGUGGGGACCACUCAAACUACGGAACUUCGCUUCAAGGGAUACGAUGCUAGAGAUAGGGACGUCGACAAGUUCUUGAAGGCCGCGGGAAGGGAGAAGGAAGUCUUCAAAAUGCAACGCCAGAUGUCUCCGCAGUCUUCGGUUGUCGACCUUGUGCCUCACGCUGCCGAGCCUGGACAGGACAGCGAUGCUCGCAGUUGA